AUGACUGCCAUCCGAUUAAGAGAAUUUGUAGAGUAUCGCCCAAUGAUUCCACCCAGUGUGUUCAAUCACUGAGGAAAGGACAUCCAAGGCUAUUACCCAGGGCAACUGGCAAGGGUCCACUUCGAUGACAGUAUGAAGAGGGCUCCCAGGAUGACCGAGGCAGCAAACAGAAUUUUUGGAGAUUCAGAAUCUGCAAUGCCUCUUAUUGAGCAAUUAGUUUUUGAACAAGCAACACAAGAAUGCCGUAAUGCCAUUGUCCCUCGAAAGGAUUGGGACCAGAAAUUAGGCACAAUUUCAUCGAAUCCUAGACCUCUUAAUUCAUUGCCAGAAGAGAGAAGCAGAUUUGAAAGAAAUGCUUUUUAA